CUUGCUCAUUGACUUGAGACAAGUGGCAGAUGGCAUUGUUAAAAAAAAAGUACACAAAGGGUGGCUUUUAAAUUGGGUUUUAUUUUUAUUGUUCUCUACAACUUGCUUCGAUUCUGAUUAAGUGAAAUUCGAAUGUUCCUGUAGUUGCAUGUCCAGAGGGCAACAUGGUAGUAAAAUUAAUUUGUAGACAAAAGUAGUUUUAUAUCCACAGGAAGCAGUAUUUACUGAAACCCUUAUGUCAUGGGAUUUUGUAGCAGAAGGCAUUUAUUCCUUACUUUAUGUAUUUUUCAACUGUUGACUGUUGUCCAAAGACAGGUCUUUGACUUCUUGGGCUUCCUUUGGGUGCCCAUACUAGUCAACUUUUUCCAAAUAAUUUUAAUUAUCUUUGGAUUUUUCGGGGCAUACCAAUAUCGACCAAAAUAUGUUAUAGCAUACCUUCUUUGGCAUCUUUUUUGGAUAGGAUGGAACAUUUUUUUGAUAUGCCUGUACUUAAAUGUCUCUGGACUUGAUCACGAAACCAACAAGGUGAUUAAGUUAGAUCAAACAAGUGGCAGCUGGUGGAAGAAGCAUGGGCCUGGAUGCAAGGUGGUCAAUGUAGAAGAACCUGAAUAUGAAGGAUGUUUGAUUGAUUAUAUUCAUGUUGAGAUAUUCCAAUCCGGCUUACAAGUUGUACUAGCAGUGAUUAAUAGCAUUAUCGGAAUUUGCCUCAACAGAACAUUUUUGGAAGAAGAUGAUACUUCGUCACAUAAAUCAUCGCGCAAAAGCUCAAAGCAACGAAUGUCACUGUACUCAAUAGAAUUCAGUUCUCAACUGGAUCCUAGACAUGGGGAUAGUGACAACGAAUUCGAACAUAUACCCUCAUCGCCUAAACCAAUGACACCCCGCCGCGUGAAACGAAGAAGCGUAAUGCAGAGAGGUUCAUCCGGAAGACACAGCACGACCAGUCGAAGACAAUCUCAUUCCAGAUCGUCAACGCGUAGCUCUAGAAGGACUCAAAAUCCUGUUACUAAAUUACUAGAGCAACAGCAGAAAUGCCAAGCAUAUGAAAGUACUACCAGCCAGUCGCCGGUUGAAUCACCGAUGCCGAAUUAUUAUAUGAAUGCCCCUAACACUAUCAGUGCGCAAAACUGGCAAGGGCCAGUAGGACAUACAAAUCCUUCUUACCAACAAUCAACCACAUCUCUUAACGAAGACUUUGAUGAUAUUUACACUACUAGGCCCGCUUCGGUCAGGUCGAGUUACUCAAACUUUCAUGGUGCUAGAGCGAAUUACUCGCCUCCAAAACAAUAUCAUCACAGUCAUGCCACUCCUCAGGUGCCCCAAAAAAGGGGAAAUCCCGCUAGAAGUAGUAUGAGAAAUAUGACUUUCUUAAAUAGCGGUCCUCCGGCUUAUACAGUACAGGGUGCAAUGUCAAUGGACAAUGAAACCCCAAUGUAAUCUAUAAGAGUGAAGCUACGCUUUGCAUUAGGCGAUGUAGAAUAUUGGUAUUUAUUUUGCUCGCAAUCAACGAUCAUAGGACGGGUAUUAUUUUUUUGACGCUUGCCACAUAAUGGACUUCAAACAUUGUAUGCCUUAAUCUCAGUACUUGCAAAUGGAAAUAUUGGGUAAUUGAUCCACGAAGCAAUUGCAAAGCUUCGCCAGGUUUAAGAUAAGUUUAAGCAAAUUUUUUGUAUAUUUACAAAACAGUUUUGCAGAUGUUCUUAUUUUACGAGGAGUGAAACAAAAGUUAAUUUUUUAACAAAACGUCGGUACGGCCCAAAAUGUGUACAAACUAUUGUAGAUGUUUUGUAAGUAAAUGGAGGUCAGGCUUCCAUGCAAUAGAUGUAAUCGCGGAGUAUGAUGUAAAAGUUAUUUAAUAUUCACAGCAUACGAGCAAAAUGUUCCAAUUGAAUGGACGAUAUGGACGAUGUUAUGUAUAGUAUUUAACUUCUGAAUAGAGCACUAUAUUAGUCUCGUAUUCGCAAUACUAUCUUGGUUUAUCGUAUCAGAAAAUUUGAGUUAUGCUCUUUUUGUACAUACAUUUUAGCAUAGAUUACUCGCAGUGCGUUGUUGCUUAUAAAAUCAAAAUAAGUGUAAUAUGUCAUAGUAAUUAUUUAUUGAUUGCAUAUACAAGGAGCUUUUUAGUUGUUUAAUUUUUAAGGCUUGUUUAAGUUAUUGUUCUAAAUGUUGCGUAGCUUAUAAUCUUAGCCUGUUUUGUCAUUGUGAUAUUUAGCUAAUGUUUAAGAUUUUGAUGAUGGCAAUAUUUGGAUUUAAGAUACUUAAACGAAUUGCUUUUGAACUUGGAAGACUGCAAUCAGCUCAAAAAUAGGUAUUUUUAGAAUUUCUCUUCACUUUAUAUUCACAUAUCUUUGUUCAUAUCAAUAGCGACAAUAAAAUAUACAUUUUCAUAUAUUAUUAGAACCAUUCGAUUGAUCCAUAAUGUUUACCGAAUUGGUUAUUGCUAGCAAACUGAACAUUUUGAGUAUGCAAGUACAAACAUUAGAUACCUUGUGUUCACAAGCAUUGAUUUUCUGUGUAAAUAUCUUUUAAUUUUAAGAAUCUUUUUACCAAAGUAUUACCUAAAAUCUAUUUUACUACUUAAAUGUAUAUUUACAUAUACAUCGACGUAAGGUCAAUAUACACAUACCUGACA